UCUCAAAUUCUCUCACAGCAUCCCCUGUUUCUUCCCUCUCCCCUGCCUUCUCUCUCUAAAAAUGUCAACAUUUCUCUCUCUGCAAAUCUCUACUCCAUCCUCGCACCUCGACGUCAUCUCUAUAAAUACUUUUAUUCCUCCGCUUUUCAACCAACUCCUUCGCCGCAUUCCGCGCGUUUCGCGACUCGCUACGACUGCCGCUGUUUGAAUCGAUGCGUUUUUUGUGGAAUUGAAUUGGAAUAUCUAGGUUAUAGGGGGUUUCACCUGCUGCUGAUGUCGCUUCUCGAGGAUCUGUUGCCGGUUGUGUGGGGAGGGGGAUUUGGAGAGAGGAUUCGGGGUUAUUCUGGUUCAUUUGUGCAGAACAUAUCCCAUUCUUUGUCGAGUGCUGCGUGUGAAUCCUAUAGGGAAGACGAAGAAGGAUGUCGAGACGACUCAUUCUCUCUUAUCCUUAAGCUCAUUGCGAUUGCUGCCAUCCUCAUUAUGGGAGUCGGUGGCGUGGCCAUUCCAUUAGUUGGGAAGAAGCGUCGGUUUUUGCGCACUGAUUCUAACUUGUUUGUUGCUGCCAAAGCCUUUGCUGGUGGCGUCAUCCUCGCCACGGGAUUCGUACACAUGCUACCGGAUGCCACCAAGGCUUUAACCAAUGCUUGCCUACCGAAAUCCCCAUGGUUGAAGUUCCCCUUCUCGGGAUUCAUCGCGAUGAUGGCCGCUCUGGGGACAUUGCUAGCUGAUUUUGUCGGGACACAGUACUACGAGAGGAAGCAGAGGAAACAGGAGGAAGAAAGCCAAGUUGCCAAGGCUGAUUUGUCGGAGACCGGAGACGAAUCCGGGAUAGUUUCGGUCGAGACUAGUGGGCAUGGCGCGAAGGUCUUUGGAGAAGAGGAAGGGGGUGUCAUGCACAUCGUUGGGAUGCACGCGCACGCGGCGCAUCACAGGCACAGUCAUUCGCAAGAGCAAGGGUCAUGCGAAGGGCAUCGGGGCGAGGAUCUACACGGUCACUCACACUCGCAUUCGUUCAACUUUCGGGGCGGGGACGGCGAAGAUAAUACCGCUCGCCACAUUGUUGUUUCACAGGUUCUUGAACUCGGUAUAGUUUCACACUCGAUGAUCAUCGGCCUAUCGCUCGGAGUUUCACACAGUCCGUGUACGAUUAGGCCUCUGAUCGGAGCACUAUCGUUCCACCAGUUCUUCGAAGGCUUCGCUCUCGGAGGCUGCAUCUCUCAGGCGAAGCUAAGGACCCUCCAGUCGACCCUGAUGGCAUGCUUUUUCGCUAUAACCACCCCGAUGGGGAUAGGUAUUGGGAUCGGAAUAUCUUCGUUCUACAACUCCAGAAGCCCGAGAGCACUGGUGGUCGAGGGCGUGUUGGACUCGAUCUCUGCUGGGAUCCUCGUGUACAUGGCGCUCGUCGAUCUGAUCGCGGCCGAUUUCUUGAGCAAGCGAAUGAGCUGCAACGCGAGGCUGCAGUUUGUUUCGUAUUUGCUCUUGUUCUUGGGGGCUGCAUUGAUGUCUUUGUUAGCAUUGUGGGCUUAGUUAUGUGAAGUGAAAAUUGUUGUUGUAAUUUAAAUCUUUAUUCUUAUACAAAGAGCAAUUUCUUGA